AUGUCUACAACAAACGAUCAACAUGUACCGAUCAUGUCCCCACCACGUCGUAAUAAUACAACUUCUCGCCUUACUACACGUGUUGGAAUUUUAAACGGCGAUUUUGCAAUUGUUCUAAGUAAACAUCGAGUUGUAUUUAAAAUAUAUAAUCAAAAUAAACUUGUAAAAGAUGAAUUUCUUGGCAUGGUUUUUGUUGAUUUGAAUCUCAAUAUUUCAUAUGAAUCAGCUGAACAAUCAAUUGUUCUUCAACAUGUUCGUGAUAUUGCAACAAUUGGAUUAGUUUAUAUAAAUCCUGUUGAUGAUAUUGAUUCAAAUAAUUCUCAACCAAAUGCAUCAACAAAUUUAUGGAGUGCAAUAGCUACAACUGUUAUUAGUUCAUACGAUGCCCUUGGUCCAUUACCAUUUGAUUGGCAAAUGUUCAAAAUGGAAAAUGGUCGUAUGUUUUUUAUUGAUCAUGCUAAUAAACGAACAACAUGGAUUGAUCCACGAAGUGGUAAACCAAGUCCAUCAUCAGAUGCGCAACAUGAACUUAAUCAAAAUGGACCAUUACCAGUAAGUAAAACAAAAUAGCUAUUUAUUUAUUUUGUGAAACACAAUUUAAAGAAGGAAGAAUACUCCUACUUUUCAGCUAUCUAAUGACAUUUUGCGUUCAAUUGCUUGAACUUCCCAUACACACUAACUAACUAACUACAAGAGUAGAUGUACGUCACAAUGUACUCAGCAGAUAUCGGACGGGUCAUCGUUAGUAUGUUAUCCAGGGUCAUUCCAUGGAUGGUGAUAUUGAAGUUUGCACACAAUACCUUGUGAAUAUGUCUCAAACAAAGAAGCUAUUUAACCAUGAUAACUCGAUCUGAAAGAGGUGUUAAAGUAUAAAGAUAGAAAUUUCAAAUCACUCUCCUCACGAGGAAACUUUUUCAACUGAUCGAUCGCUUUAGGUAGAUUUCAGUUAGAUAUGAAAAACAUCAAAAUGAUAAGUCCUAUAAGGUCUUCUAUCCAGAAUUAUAAAUAUUUUAUUAGAAUUUUAGUCUCCGGCAUAGUAAAUACCAACAAAUUAAAUGUUAGUAUUUCAAACUGAGAUUUUGCUUGUAGACAGAUUUAUUGUAUUGGCACAUAAGUUCUGCACAUUUUGAUCAAUAGAAUUUUAUCGCCAAUAUAAAACUAGAUUUUAAAGCAAGUAAUUAUAUAUUCUGAUAGCGCUCAGAAUUCUCUAUCAUCCUGUGUAUUUAAAUCUUGACUUACAUUUAUUUGCUGAAAAAUAUUUUGAAUACAGUGAAGACAUCCUCACCCACAUUGACAAUGUUCGAAAUAUUUCUCAGCAAAUGAGUUCAAGUCAAGACCUGAAUAUAUAGGACGAUAGAGCAUUUCAAGAGCUUUCAGAAUAUAUAAGUACUUUUCUAAAAAAAUCGGAUUGCUGUAUAGAUAAAAAUUUUAAAAACACAUGAGAAAGGAACAAAAAAUGAAGUUCGUGGAAAUCUGAGGAAGAGAAUAUCUUCACUGUAUUCAAAAUAUUUUUCAGCAAAUACUUAGGGCUAUCCGAAAGUAGUGGCGGUGAUAUCUUAUUUUCAUCUGGAAUGCUUAGAAAAUUUUUCUUUUUUUAUCAAUAGAUAGAGCGUGUUUUGCUCUAUCUUUCUAUGCUAUUUGAUCCUAUUCAAUUGAUAUAAUUUAUAAUAAAAUUUCUAGAAGAACUUGUUUUCGUGAUACUCCACCUGGUACCAAUAGUGCAUAUUAUAAUCUAUGCAUUUUUCAUUUCGUAUUUUUUUUCUUUUUUCUUCAUUUGUCUCUUCUUUCUUUCAUCUUUUUUGUCUUAUCUUUUCUAAUAACUAGUCGUUCAUAUAUUUCACAAGGUACAAAACAAUAAUAAUGAUGAAACAAAAAAGAAAUACAGAAACAAGUUCAACAAUUCUUUAUUUUAUCAAAUGUUCAAAAUAAUCACCUUGGUUAUCUAUACACAAUUGCAUUCUUUCAAUCCAUUUCUCGAAGGUUUUUCUAUAUUCUUUUGUAUUUAUAGAGUACAUGAACUCGCUCACAGCAUCACAUAAUGACUCUGAAUCACUGUGGUCAGUUAGAUUUUGUUUAAUUAAGUCGAAUAACCAAAAGUCACAUGGUGAUAAAUCUGGAGAAUUAGGUGGAUGUGGCACUAUUGUAAGACCUUCCGAUUCAAGAUAAUUGGAUACCUCUUUAUGAAUAUGCGGCCUUCCAUUAUCAUGAUGAAUUUUAAUGCGAUGAGUGCCAUGUGAGGGUCUUUGACGUUUGAUUUCAUCGACGAGAGGUCGUAAACAAUUGUCGAUGUAAUACUGGUGAUCAAUAACCUGGCCUCGUUCCACACGAUCAGUGUUGGGCAACUCCAACUCGGAGUUGGAGUUAACUCCGGAGUUGACGGAUUUUUUCAUUAGAGUUGGAGUGGAGUUGCAGUAGAUAUGGAGUGGAAUGUUGCAAUUGUGGGUAGAGUUGGAGCGGAGUUGAAAUUAGAUUUUACAUUUGAUGGACAGAGUUGGAGUAGAGUUGAAAUGGUCUGGAGCGGAGUUGGAGUGGAGUUGAAGUGAGAUUUUGCAAUUUGUGAGUAGAGUUGGAGCGGAGUUGAAUUGGUCUGGAGCGGAGUUGGAGUGGAGUUGGAGUUGAUGUCUUUUUGCGAGACCAUGACGUAAAUGAAUUACAAAAUAAUUCAAAAACACUGAACUACAAAAUAAUUCACUUUCUAUUAGUUUCUACCAGGGUCUAC